UUCUCUCCGGUGUUUCUGAGGCGGCAGCAGGCGGCAGACGGCGGAGGAGCCCGGUCCAAGAAAGGUGGAGACUCCUGCUCAACUUCCUGCACAGUAAUCUUGAAGCACCGCCGAGAGAAGUCAGGAGGCGGGCGGAGCUGGAGCUGCUGCUGCUGCUGCUGCUGCUGCUGGGACAAGGGCGAAUGGAUCCACGGCUCAUUUGACGUCUUUAUCUCCGGCGACUCGAUACGAACUCACCUUGCGGGUGUUUGGACGCAGCUACCUGGCUAGUCGCUAGCUAGCAGCGGAGCGGCUGGACACGCGAUUCCCAGCGUCUGAUAGCGAGGCGGUGCGAGGGGCAGGAAUGGAGGUUGUUGUGGAGUACGAGUAUGAUGCGCUCCAUGAGGACGAGCUCACCCUGGGAAUAGGUGACAUCAUCAAGAACGUGCGGUACAUAGAUGAGGACGGCUGGAUGGAGGGGGACCUCAACGGGAAAAGGGGGCUUUUCCCUGACAACUUUGUGAAGGAAUUGAAGAAGGAAUCCAAAGAGGUCAAGGAAACAAAGAAUGAGCCUAAAGAGGAGACCUCUCAGCCUCAGAGGAGAGAGAAAAGCGCAGGGAAUGUGGCCAACCUGGUCCAGAGGAUGAGCACAAUCGGCAUCCCAACUGGUGGCUUCCAGCCUCAGCCCCCAGCAGCGGCAAAAAAGCCUAAGAGGAGACAGUGCAAGGCGCUGUUCGACUAUCAGCCGCAGAAUGAAGACGAGCUUGAGCUGAAGGCCGGAGAAAUCAUAGACAUCAUUGAAGAGGUUGAAGAGGGCUGGUGGAACGGUAACGUAAACUGCAAGUCGGGACUGUUCCCCUCCAACUUUGUCAAAGAGCUGGACGCCAUGGGAGAGGACGGGGAGUCAGUCGACACGGCAGCAGAUGAGACUGAUGGAAGUGGAAUGGAAAGCACUGCCGCCCCCACAUCGCCUCCGGCCACCUCAGGGAAUGGAGUUAUUGCUCAGCCCAAGAAGAUCCGAGGCAUCGGCUUCGGAGAUAUAUUCCGGGAAGGGUCGGUCAAACUUAGGGUCCGCCUGCCCAGCCCUGAAAAAGAGGAAAAGAAGGACAGACCAGUCCCAUCAUUACCAUCUGCUGCAAAGCCCGCCCUUCCCAACAUGACAGACUUGCAGAGAGCAGACGGAGACGGCAAAGGCAAAGCUAAAGAGUACUGCAAGGUCACAUAUGCCUUCGAGGCCACGAACGAGGACGAGCUGAGCCUGAAAGAGGGAGAUGUCAUCCACGUCCUGAGCAAGGACACAGGGGAGCCUGGCUGGUGGCGAGGGGAGAUCGGUGGUAAAGACGGCGUCUUUCCUGACAACUUUGUGGUCAAGGUUUCUGAAACAGAGAAAGAGUCUCCCGCGUCCAGAGGGUCAUUGAAAACAUCCCCUAAGCAGGAGCCAGAUGAGAAACCAAAGAAGCCACCUCCACCAUCAAAAAGCAUUGCUCUCAAACCCGAGGUUCCCAGUGCUGACAAGAAACCUCAUGCCAUCAGGACAGAGGACAGAGUGGACAAACCAACGCCAGAUCACAAACCAUCCAAACCCGCAGCGCCCGUGGUCCCGCCCAAGAAGCCCAUCCCUCCCCCAGGGAAAGGCAGACAGGGAAGCAUCCCACCAAAGAGGCCUGACAAGCCUCUCACUCCCUCGCCAAACCUCAAGCACAAUGGAGAGGUGCCUUCCAUACGACCAAGGUCCGACUUUGAGCCAUUAUUGCCCACCAAACCGAAAACGCUGUCUGGAGAUUGGGGGGACAAGUCCUCGGAUAUGGCAGAUCUGAUGAGUUUUGAUGAGCUGUCGUCUACCUCAGGGAAGCUCUCUCACCCCACUGCGAGCAGACCAAAGAUGCCUGGCAGGAGGCUGCCUGCCCAGUUUGGUGGAGGACAGUCGCCCAACAAGGAAGUGAAUGUGGAAAAAUCCUUCAAGGUGGAUGAAGAGGAUGCAGCUAAACCAAAGCUAGCAGAUACCAGAAAGCCUUCCACAAACACCUUAUCCCAGUCAACGUCUCUCCAAAAGCCCAUCGCGCCAAGCCCUGAGGCCAAGCCGAGCCCCGCAGCGGCACCCCCGAGCUCCAACAGCAUCACUCACAGCGGCCGAGGUCGGCUUGACCCUGAGGAGCCGAGCUCCGAGCUGGACGAACUGAGGAGCCAGAUGAAGGAGCUGCUGAUGUCCGUGGAGCUGCUCAAGGGCCAGCAAAUGAAAGAGAUAGCGGAGCUGCGACGAGAGCUGGAUGAGGAGAGGAUAAAGCGUGUGACCCUGCAGAUGGAGAUAGAAAAACUCAAGCGAACCGUCCACUCGACGUGAAGCUCGCGCAGCAAUCACCAGCGGGCCUCGAGGCAAGCUGCUGGCCUGUGGACCAACCAGAGAGCAGGAAGGUGGUGACGGACGGAGAGAGGGUGGAGAAUCAGACCAGCCACCUUGAGCACAAUCUCUUUUCAGUGAUCUACAAUAAUAAACUCGCUCCAUAUUUGUAAGAUUUACAUUUUGCACAUAUAAUUUUUUUUUUUUUUCAAUCUAGAUGUAAUUAAGUUCCAGAUGUAUAUUUUCCCUUCUUUUUUAUUUCAUUUUUUUAUUUUGCCAACACAUGAAAACUGAGGCCUUACUUCAAACUACUGCGCUGGACUUGUAACUCUUCUGCUCACGCUCUCUCCCCUUCACUCCACCGUUCCUCGUACUCCUCAGGGAGGAGCUUCACUCUCAGUACUACUGACUUUGUAUAAAGCAGGGGGCGCUUGUUUUCCACGCCUAAUGUUCUUUCUCCUCAUUUUUUUUAUGAGGCACAAUAGUUGAUUUUAAAACGUGAGAAAAUAAUUAAUUUCAUUUAACAACCUCGCAUCCUCACGAUAAACGAUUUUUUUCUUUCUCAUGCGGCGCCUGACAGUAGCCUCCGCGGCUGCAGUGGUUCAGAGAGAGCGCUGUGUUCGUUUCUCUUUGUCUUUUAUAUGUUUUCUUUAGCAUUCCUAUCCAGGGUAACACUACUGUGCCUGAUUUAAAAAAAGUAAAUUCUAUUAAGUGUUUAUAAUGGGAGCUUACAUUUUCCACGAUGGUGUCUGGAAUAUCUGCAGCAUGAUGAUAUUGUAUAUCUAUAUUUUUUAAGUCUACUGACAUGUCUAGUCAAAUACUAUAUAGAGGGCCUCUUCUACGCUGGUCUCUUCUAUUUUUGUGAGGUUUCAAACUUCAGCCACACAGUCUGCAGGUGAUGCAGAUACACACACACACACACACACACACACACACAAAGGAGUUGCGUCAUUCCAUGGUUGCUGAGCGACACGUUGGUCAGUUCAUGAAAAAAAGGCCGCCUCUGUGUUUUUAAUCUGGCAUUCAUCCCUCUGAUCCCUGUCCCGGUUCACUCUACCACUAACUCCUUCCUCCCUUUCUCCUUUGACUCACAGUGAAAUGAUCUGAGAGGAGCCUUGUCUUCCUGCUCUGUAAUGUGUUUUGUAUCAGCUUGCACCGCACUCAUCAGAUGUCCUGAAGUCAUUGUACAUGCCUGUACACAAGUUCAACUGGAAGCACAUUUUAAGAGUGUAGAAAUAACAAUGACAAAACCUCACAUUCUCCUCAUCGUAACUCUAUUAGAGGAGCAAAAGGUUAUUAGAGCUCCACUGUGUCGUUUUAUUCGCUAAUUUGUCGGGCUCCUAUCGCUAGCCCCCUUCCGGAAGAUAAAAAAACGCAUUAGCCUCGGCUACCAGUGUAGAACGCAACAUGGAUCAUCAAUUACAUAAGCGUUACUGACCCUGUUGUCUUUGCUAACAGUUGUUGUGCAGAUUAAAUUCUGCUAAAUCAUUUUUUUACUUUUCUCCAUUGCUACUUCUUGUUUGUAGCCUAACUCUUUCUGCAACUAACAUGCAAAUGCUUCCUUCUAAGGCCUGUGCAUGCCCAGUGUACGUGAGGGGUCAUGUGAUCUGCGUUUUCAGGCGUGUUAGUAUGGACAGGGAUUAAAUUUAUAUGCAGCCUAAACGCUCGUGUGGACAGAUUGUUUUCGUUGGAAAACAAAUGUAGUAGUAUGGAUGUUUUGCCUCAAUGAGCCCUUGUGCCCUGCAGAUGGAUGUGUUAUUAUCCUAUCUCUCCACUCAUUCUUCAGGUUUUUCCUUUAAUUUGUCAUAUAUUUUGUGGGAUGCAUCGCCUAGGAGUUUGAUACAGAUAUUCAGCCGCACUGCACAGUGAUGUCACAGUGUACUCACACACCCUGGAGCACACUUCUACAUCAUUCCAGCAACAGCAAUGAAUUUAAAAAAUAUAUAUAUAUAUAUAAAAACAUGAUAUAUACAGUUGUGACCAACUUAUGCCCUGAGGUUAUUAUAGAGUUCAAAGAGAUUAAACGUGUAAGUGCUGUCUUUGGUCGUGCUGUUAAGAAACAUAUAUUUGGUGUAUGUUAAGCUGUUUGCCCGGUGGAUUCGCUGGGAGUCGCACAUCUUAAACAGAAAAUAAACCGUGGCUGGUUUCUUACUGUAUAGUUUCAGCACAGAACUGUUGUCUUCAGGACGCUAGUUGCUAAUAUAAUUGGACUCCUAAACGCUGCUAGCAUGGUGUUUCGAGGCUGCAGAGAUGUGGAGCGCGGUGCGAGUGGAACUUACACAGUGUAGGAUGCGUGCUGCCCUCAGUAACAUCUGACCUGUAGCCCCAAACUUUUGGCCUGCGGCUCUGUGCAGACGAUAACCAGCUUAUCUCUUGGUGUGGAGAUGCGUUUUGAGAAUCUGAUAGCGGCACAGCAUCGAGUUUAGCCCCCAACGGCCUCAGCACGGGUUGGAGGGAUGUUAUAACCCUGAACACUGAUCAAAAUGUAGACAGCAGGUUCCUGUUCCAAGUUAAAUGUCCUGUUAUUGUUUCACAUCUACUACUGUGCAUUACCAAUACUAAUACUCUUUAUUCUUAGUGCUUUUUUAUUUUGUAUCCUUACAGAUAAGUCACAGAGGUCUUAAAGAAGCGUUACUUUAAUUUGAAAUCAUCCUCAGGCUUGGGUUUAAUGUGGCCUGUGUGUGUGUGUGUGUGUGUGUGUGUAUAUGUGUGUGUCUGCCCGCAAACGUAACAGUGUCCAUGAAGUGCUGGACUGCAGAGUGCAUUGACCAAGUUGAUAGUAUAUUUUUGCCCUUAAUGAUACAGCACCCACGCAGUGAGUGGAUGCCUGAUGUAAAACAAACACAACUCUCCAGCAACAUGGCUGGGCGAUGACAUAAUUACAAUGUGGGGGAACGAGGGACCCAGGGGGGUUUGGGUGACAGCUUUUUGUGUAAUAUCUGUAAUGCAGCUUAACUUCCACAUAUUGUACAUUCCAGAGUUUGACACCAAGAAAAGAAAUCUGUGCACAUUUAUAACAUAUUUUCAAGUGAUUUUGUUUACAAGAGCUGUAUCCUUGCAUGAGCUGAGAAUCUUUCCCAAAAAAAAGAAUAAAUAUCGUCUUUAUUUACUGA